AUGUAAGCAUCCACAGCCGCAUUACCAGAUCUCUCAAACAUAGCCUAGUUAAUGAUUAAAUAACAAUAAAGGACAAAUGGCAUUACCCUUCAGACCCAGUGCCAGAGUUUGCAGCAAACUUUUUUUCUGUGAGUGACCAUAAGGACACAUUUUCCUCUGAAGCCAUGGAGAUACCAGGACUUUAUCUCCAAUCCUCCAGUUCUGCCUUUCUACUCGGGGCUCUGUUGGGCCUCCUGCUCCUCUACUUAAUCUCAUCCUCCAGCUUCCACUCCAAAGGAGACAGCAAGGAGCCUCCAGGACCAAAGCCACUUCCUCUACUGGGGAACCUGCUGCAACUCGACCGCAAGAUACCCUACAAUACAUUGGUGGAGCUUUCCAAGGAAUAUGGAUCGGUAUUCACUGUCUAUUUGGGGCCUAAGAAAGUGGUGGUCCUGGCAGGAUACAAAACUGUGAAGGAGGCGCUUGUAAAUCAUGCUGAUGAAUUUGGAGAAAGAGAUCCAAUACCUAUCAUGCAUGAAAGGAACCAGGGACAUGGUAUUCUGUGGUCGAAUGGAGAUUCUUGGAAAGAGAUGAGGCGUUUUGCCCUGACAAACCUAAAAGACUUUGGGAUGGGCAAGAGGGCCAGUGAGGACAAAAUCAUAGAGGAAUGUGACCAUCUCAUUGAGCUGUUUUUAAAAUUCAAAGGAGAAGCUUUUGAUACGACCCAGCCAGUGUACUAUCCGGUCUCUAACAUCAUCUGCUCCAUGGUCUACGGCAGCAGAUUUGAGUAUGACAGUCCAGUCUUUAAAUCCCUGUUAGAUCGCAUAAACAGACUCGGACCACUUCUGGGCUCUCCUUCAAUGAAGGUGUACAACCUGUUCCCGUGGUUUUGCAAAUGGAUUGCAAACAGGAAGGAGUUCCACAGGUUGGGGGAUGCCACCAGGAAACAGAACAUAAAGCUGUUCAGUGAUUUGAAAGAGAAUCUCACUCCAGAGACGUGCAGAGGUUUUGUGGACGCUUUUCUGGUCCGAAAACAAAAUCUGGAGGAGUCUGGGAUUACCAGCGGUCACUUCCAUGAAGACAACCUUUUGAUGACAGUUUCCAAUCUGUUUUCUGCUGGCACUGAUACGACUGCAACAACGCUAAGAUGGGGACUUCUCUUUAUGGCCAGGUAUCCAAAAGUCCAGGACCAGGUCCAAGACGAGCUGAGUAGAGUUAUAGGAAGUCGUCAAGUACAGCUGGACGACAAGAGGAACCUUCCAUUCACCAACGCUGUCAUCCAUGAGACACAGAGACUGGCGAACAUUGCCCCCAUAGCCCUCCCUCACAGAACGAGCCAGAAUGUAACCUUCCAAGGUCACUUCAUUAAGAAGGGGACCACAGUGUAUCCUCUCUUGACGUCUGUCCUGUAUGAUGAGAAUGAGUGGAAAAGCCCACACACCUUUAAUCCCGCCCACUUCCUCAACAAAGAUGGAAAGUUUGUCAAGCGAGACGCCUUCAUGCCUUUUUCUGCAGGUCGCAGGGUUUGUCUGGGAGAGAGUCUUGCCAGGAUGGAGCUCUUCAUCUUUUUCACCACCUUACUGCAACACUUCCGUUUCGCUCCUCCUCCUGGAGUGUCAGUGGAAGAAAUGGAUCUGACGCCACAAAUGCUCCUCUUCCAGGAUCCCCCAUCUCAUAAACUAUGUGCUGCACCUCGAAUGCCUCGAGAAGGAUGAUGGAUCGAGAAUUUAAAAGCAUGUGAUGAAAAUGAGAGAAGGAAAAUCUGAAACGUUAUUGAACGCUGCUGAAAAUGUUAUACGUCUGAUGAAUUCCUCUAUGGCU